AUGAGUGACCUCCUGAACUACAUCCUCACACAAGAAGACUCCUUCAAAAAAAACCGCUUGCCCUCGCUUUACUCCGACUUCACCUUACAGAAGAAGACGAACCCCGACGGAUAUGCGGUGAACGUCGCUGCGUGGGAGCGGGCCCUGACGAGGGCCGCAAGGCGGGGCUGUAUAUCGACUUCUCCUUCUCGCGAACCGAGCUCGGCAACCGGUACAGCGAUCCAAAGCGACCAUCUGAUAUUGAGGACGGACGAUUCACUGUUACGAGCUCUAGAAAUACCUGAGUAUGGUCGGCCGGUGGCGCUUGGUGCGGUGCUGGAUGAAGCGAUCCGGAAGCAUACUAUGGUCCCAUUGCAGGUUUUCAAAGCCAGUGCGCUCAGCUUGCAGCAAAGGCAAUGGAGGAUUAUCAAACCCGGGGCAUUGAGCCCAUGGAAUGUGAUGACAUGGGGGAUGAAGCAGUUGAGAGGUUUUGUCGUUGGGAGUGACACGCCAGAGACUUCCGCUAGAUUACAGGUUCGGGAGCUGGUAUUGGUAGACAACCUAAAGGAGGCAGCAGAUCGGGUAGUGAAGCAGACUCUUGGGGGCAGUCAAUCAAAGAUGGAUCUAAUCUACUCCAAAGAACGUUUUACAGAAGAGUUCGCAACAGUUCUUAACAAGGACAGUGGGCUUUCAAGCGCUGAUUUCGAUGUCUUGUUACUUUAUCUAUCCCGUGAUAUAGGGGCUAUCGCGUAUGACGGCAAGACCAUCAGGUUCAGACCCUCGAACGACUCGCCGCGCGAGAUCACCGACCAAGACGCUACCAUUGCCUCUAUCAAAUCACUCCUGUCGACUAUGACAAAGCAAGUCGACCGUCUGGAGAGCAAGAUUGAGGAGCUGAACUUGACCGCAAAAGUCGCUGUCCAGAAGAAAAAUCGUGUCUCAGCAUUGGCAGCGGUACGCUCCAAGAAGCUGGCUGAGCAUAAUCUGAAGCAAAGACUGGACACUCUGACGCAGCUCGAAGAAGUCUAUUCAAAGAUCGAAAAUGCCGCGGACCAGGUUGAAUACGUCCGAGUGAUGGAAGCGAGCACGGGUGUUCUUCGCGGACUGCAUACUCAAAUUGGCGGCGUCGAGAGAGUUGAGGACGUUGUUGAGGAGCUGCGUGAAGAGAUGUCCAAGGUGGACGAAAUCGGCAACAUCAUGAAUGAGGUUGCGCCGGAGAUCGACGAGACAGAGCUGGAUGACGAGCUUGAAGAACUGGAGAAUAGGGAGCGACAAGCGGUGGAAGAAAAGGAGGCAGAAGAGACUCGCAAGAAGCUCGCUGAGCUUGACGACCUCGAACAGAAAGCCAAAGAGGCUGCACACACAGCCGCGUCGGAGCAGAGCGUAGAUUCGGCGAUCGAGGAAAGUAUUGAAAGGCUGUCGCACAUGUCGGUUGAGGAAGGUUCCGGGGCCACGGCCCAGUGA